AUGCGCGAGUUGGUGCACAUCCAGGGUGGCCAGUGCGGCAACCAGAUCGGGGCAAAGUUCUGGGAAGUAAUCUCUGAUGAACAUGGUAUAGAUCCUACAGGCACUUAUCAUGGAGAUUCCGACCUCCAGCUCGAGCGCAUCAACGUCUACUACAAUGAGGCCACAGGGGGCCGUUAUGUUCCGCGCGCCGUGCUGAUGGAUUUGGAGCCAGGCACCAUGGACAGCGUCCGCGCUGGUCAUUAUACGGAGGGCGCGGAAUUGAUCGACAGCGUGCUGGAUGUGGUCCGCAAGGAAGCAGAGGGAUGUGAUUGCCUUCAAGGGUUCCAAAUGUGUCAUUCACUCGGAGGCGGCACUGGAGCUGGCAUGGGGACGUUGCUCAUUUCCAAGGUGAGAGAGGAAUAUCCCGACAGGAUCAUGGAGACGUUCAGUAUCAUUCCGUCCCCCAAGGUUAGCGACACAGUCGUGGAACCAUAUAAUGCGGUAUUGUCUUUCCACCAGUUGGUGGAGAAUGCCGACGAGUGCUUCUUGCUUGACAACGAGGGCCUCAAGAUGGCAGUUGCCUUCGCAGGUAACUCAACAGCGAUUCAGGAAAUGUUUAAGCGUGUAGCAGAGUACUUCACGGCGAUGUUCCGGCGCAAGGCCUUCCUGCACUGGUACACCGGCGAGGGCAUGGACGAGAUGGAGUUCACCGAGGCGGAGAGCAACAUGAACGACCUUGUCUCGGAGUACCAGCAGUACCAGAUGCCCUCUGAUAAGACGAUCGGAGGCGGCGACGAUGCCUUCAACACGUUCUUCUCCGAGACUGGCGCGGGCAAGCACGUCCCCCGAUGUGUGAUGGUCGACCUAGAGCCCACUGUGGUCGAUGAAGUACGCACGGGUACAUACCGUCAGCUGUUCCACCCUGAGCAGCUCAUCUCCGGCAAGGAGGACGCCGCGAACAACUUCGCGCGAGGCCACUACACUAUCGGCAAGGAGAUCGUCGACCUCGUCCUGGAUCGGAUCAGGAAGUUGGCCGACAGCUGCACUGGCCUCCAGGGCUUCAUGAUCUACAAUGCCGUCGGCGGAGGCACCGGCUCCGGGCUCGGUUGCCUGAUGCUGGAGCGCUUGUCUGUGGAUUACGGGAAGAAGACGAAGUGCUCUUUCACUGUGUGGGCGUGCCCGCAGGUCGCCACGGCAGUGGUGGAGCCCUACAACACUGUUCUCUGCGUGCACUCCCUCCUGGAGCACACAGAUGUCACCAUCAUGCGCCUUUGGGCGCGGUGA